AUCGGCUUGUUCAUCUACGUUUCGCUUUUAUUGGUUAAUGCGAUUGCCAUCUUGAACGAAGAACGAUUUCUAGCGAGAAUUGGCUGGUCUUCUAGCCAAUCUUCAUCCUCUUUUGAUUCGUCCGGCUUUGGUGGUCAAGGUCAAGAAGCAAGUGUGAAGACAAGGCUAAUUCAUUUGAUUAGCGCUGUAAGAACAUUGUUACGAGGUAUGUUAAUUCACUCGAUUUUA